AUGUCUUAUAUAAAUGCUUACAAGAAUCGGUCUACCACCAAUGGUACGUCUGAAGAUGAAAAACAAACUUUAUUGGUGUUUGGAUAUUCGUGCAAAUUAUUUAAAGAUGACGAAAAAGCGCUUUUCAUUGAUCAAGGAAAGCAUUUGAUACCUUGGAUGGGCGAUGAUGCAUUAAAAAUAGACAGAUAUGAUUGUCGUGGGGCUUUAAGUGACUUAAAGUCUGUAGAAGCCUUACCGUUUGGACAAAGCCGGUGGGAAGGAUUGACAGCUGAUGAAAAGAAAAUCGAACAGUUAUGUGAUGAAGAAAGGUAUAAGUCUCUCAAUGAUAAAAGUGAAGAAGAAUCAAUUUACCAAGAGGAAGAACUUAAACGGCUCCACCAGGCUUUAAAUAAUGAUGAAAAAGAAUAUGGGCAAGUUGGUUAUAAAUAUGAGGAUGAAUCUUCAAAUACUUCCGAACUAAAAACUGCAGAUGAUACAGAUUAUGAUCCUGAACUGGAAGAAGCUUUUAUUCCCCCUAGAGAAUUGGAAAUUCCUUCUAAUAUGCACGUGCCUCCAACGAAAAAAUUAAAUGCUAUUAUUGAAAAAACUGCAUUGUUCAUAUCCAAGCAUGGAGCACAAAUGGAAGUUUUAUUAAAGGCUAAACAAGCGCACAAUCCUCAGUUUGAAUUUUUGUCAUUCGACAGACCACUUUACCCUUACUAUCAACAUGUACUUUCAGCUAUCCGGUCUUGCCGCUAUAAUCCUACACUUGCUAAUGAUAGUGCCGAAGAUUCGUUAGAUUCCUCAAAUGAAGAGAGUUACCUUCAUCCAAGCCUAUUAAAAAGUGCAAAACAACCAGAAACGACGCCAUUUAUACCAAAUAUAACGUACAAACCUUCUGCUGACUGUUCAUACUCAUUACUAGUUAAUAAAAUUAAAGAGAAACAAUCUGCAAUGCCUGUAGAGGAAACCAUCAUAAAUGAAGUAGAAACUCCUUCUAUAAAUGUAACUACAUCAGAAUUUGAUGGACUUACUAAAUCAGCCAGACGGCGUUUGAAGAAAAAAUUGGUUUCUCAAUCUACAUUAAAUGCUUCAAAUUCUCCGGACACAGAUGAUAAUGAAAUAAUUGAUGAACUAAGUUCAGUCGAACCUGCUUCUAAUAACAAAACUGAAUCAGAAAUUUCUAAUCCAGUUCAUCAAAACGUUACUGUUGGUAUUGAUGUGCCACCUAAUGAUUUACAAAUUAUUAUUGACAAAAUGGCUUCUUAUGUGACAAAAAACGGAAAACAAUUUGAAGAAACUGCUCGAAAAAGACAGGAUCCACGACUGAAAUUCCUAGAGCCUGAUGACUCUUUUAAUGCAUAUUAUACUCAAAAGCUUAAACUAUAUGCCACGAUUAAACGAUUGGAACAAACAGCUCCAUCCAAAUCAAAUGUGGAUUCUAAAACAAAUUCCAAAUUACCUGUGUGUUUUUCACUAAAAAAACAAAAAGAAUCUGAAGUGGUUGAGAUAAAAAAAAGUGCUCUUGAAGAUAGUUCAAACGAAACAAGUGAUGAUGAACAUAAAAAAGACCGUAUUAAUAAAACAGAAUCAAAUCAUAAUAAAUCGAAUAAAUCUUCUGUGUCCGUGAAGAAAAAUUCAUUACAAAAUACAGCUAAAUUAGCUGAAGAAAGAUUAAAAGACAAAUUAGCUAUGGCAGCAAAAGAAAAACUUUUUAUGUUGGAAAGAGAACGUACCAAAAAAGAAAAAGAAAAAAUUCAAGCUGAAAGAAAAAGAAAGGCUGCACAAUUUUUGGCUUCUAUGAAAAUCAUAUCAUCAUCAUCGUCUUCCAAAAGUUCAAAUACUAUCAAGCCUGAAGAGAAAUCAGAAACUCACAUUCCAGGCAAUUUGCCCGUUCAUACAGCUGUAGUGAAUACUGUUGAUCAGAAACCGUCUACAGAUGAAAAAAAUGGUUUACCAGAUCAUGAUUUAAAUGUUCAACCACUUACUUCCAAAGUACAAGACAUAAUAUCUAUUGGUUCUAGUGAUGAAGAUAUAUCUACUGAUGGUCAUUUAAAUAAAAAUAUAAAUGGGAAUAAAAGUAGCAAAUUAUCUUUGCAAUCAAGACUCCAAGAAACGUUAUCUAGAGACAAUAAGCGCAAAAAAAUAGAAAGAUGUGAGAAAGAAAAAGAUAAAGAUUACAAACGAAUAAAACAUUAUGAUGAAAGUAAAGAAAAAUCUCCAGAUCAUCGAUAUUCAUCUCGUGACAGAGAUCGAAGUAGCAGGCGUUCGAAAAAGUCUCACUCUAGCCAUCAUAGUUCAUCAAAAGAUCGCAAGAGAGAACGUAGUAGUAGACAAUCCAAACAUAAACAUAAAUCAAAAAAGUCUAAGAAACACGUACGAAAUCAUAAUUCAGACUCGUCCGAUGACAGUUCCAAUACAAACAACAGUCGUUUAUCAUGA